AAAACCCAUGCGAGCUGCACUCCAAUAAGUCCCACAGUUUCCCCUGUUUUUAAGUUCUGUUCUUUAGUUUCCUCUGUUUUUUUUUCAUACCCAAUAUUGAAUUUUGAACUUUCCAAGGAUUGUUUAUAAGCUAAGGCUUUCGUGUGUUUCCAUUGUUGGUAUCCAAAUUGUGGUCCUGUGUUGAUUCUCAAAUUUUCUUCUUUUUGGGGAUUUUACAAGGUAAGUCUACUCUGUACGACAAAUUCUGUGUUUCAACAACAAAUGGCCGGAUUCCAAAUAGCGUGUGUUCAAGGCAAUAUAUGUAUGUGCAGCCAUAAAAACAUGACAUAGAGGAAUCUUCAGCUUGUCAUGUGAGAGUGGGGGGAUUUUUUUUCUUCUUCGUCGCCUACUUCCUUUUUCUUCUAGGAGUAGGUGAGUGUUGAUUCAAGGAUUAUUGCUUAUAUGUAUAUAUUAGUAUUAGUGGGUUCGAGCAGCAUUGACUCCGAGAUUGAUUAUUUUGGGAUGCAUUUGAAUUUAUUAGGAAAAGAUGACAUCUUUUAGUGGUUUAGGUAUUGGGUUGGGUGUAGUUUUUGGUUGCCUUUUGUUAGCGCUGAUUUACUAUCUGCUUUGGUGGAAGAGGAGACUUACCAGCACAGGGGUUGAAGAUGAUUACAGCAGUAACUACAUUCAAUCUAUCUGCUUCAGGAGACCAUUUUAUUUGCACAACAACAGCAAUCAGGAAAUUGGAGGAGACCCAAUUGGAAACGGCCAUGGACAAGACGUAGAGCUUGGUUUAGGACAGGGUUUGGUGGUAAAAGUUGCAGGGGAAGAAAGUGUGGAAGCAGAGCUUAUGAGAUUGCACAAUCUGGCAGGACCGCCAAGAUUUCUAUUCACAAUUAAAGAGGAAACCAAGGAGGAUUUGGAGUCUGAAGAUGGGAAAUCUAGGGGAGAUUGUAAGAGUAGAAAGAGUUCAAGAACAAGAAGCUUGAGUGAUCUUAUAUUGGCUGUUGAUACUCCUUAUGUUUCUCCUUUGGCUUCUCCACCUUUCAAGGCUCCAUUAGAUUCUUAUUUUCACCAUGGAUUCAAUCCCCUCUUUGAAUCGACUACUGAGGCUGAGCUUAACAGGUUGAGAUCUUCACCUCCUCCAAAAUUCAAGUUUAUGAGGGAUGCAGAGGAGAAGCUGCAGAGGAAAUUUAUGGAAGAAGCUGAGAGAAAGAAAUCAGAAAAUGUCCUUUGUGCUCAAGAUUCUCAGGUUGAAUCUCUCAAUUCAACAAUGGUGACAGAGGGGAUUCAAGGGUCAUUUUUGAAUUUCCUUGUUAGUAGUAGUAAGAAAGAGAAAGAGCUUCUUCAUCAUCUACCACAGUAUCCUUCAAGUACUGCUCAGGUACUCCCACUGGCUUCUUCACCCACAGCAUUCUGACCACUAGACAAGAAGCCCAAUUUACAGUAGUAGAUUUCUUAGGAUUCACAUGAUCUGGUUUAUCUGUUUAUUUUUCUCAAUUGAUCUUCCUUUCAAAGAUAGAAUUACGGAUGUACUGUUUGAAAACCGGAGCUAAUUUUAUGCUGCUUUUCUCUUCUGGGUA